AUGCUCUUGCUCUGUCUGAUCCAAAUGCCAGUCUCGUUUGCGCUGCCGUUUAACUCCAGCCUGGAGCAGAUGUUGGACAAGUACAUGGACGAGGAUGGAGCGAUGUGGAAGGCCAAAGGGAGGGGCAAGAGAGCCAUAACAGACAGCGAUGCACAGCUCAUCCUGGACCUUCACAACAAGCUCAGGGGGCAGGUGUACCCCCCAGCAUCCAACAUGGAGUACAUGGUUUGGGACACUGAACUGGAGCGCACAGCUGAGGAGUGGGCUGAGACCUGCCUGUGGGAACAUGGUCCUGCUGGUCUACUGCCUCAGAUUGGACAGAACUUAGGCGCUCACUGGGGAAGGUAUCAGCCGCCUACGUUCCAUGUCCAGGCGUGGUAUGAUGAAGUGAAAGACUUCUCCUAUCCCUACCCCCAAGAGUGUAACCCUUACUGUCCAUUCAGAUGCUCUGGGCCAGUCUGCACCCACUACACACAGCUUGUGUGGGCCACCAGCAGUCGCAUCGGUUGUGCGAUCAACUUAUGCUACAAUAUGAAUGUUUGGGGGCAGAUUUGGGCCAAGGCUGUCUAUCUUGUCUGCAACUACUCUCCAAAGGGGAACUGGUGGGGUCAUGCUCCAUACAAACAUGGGACCCCGUGUUCAGCCUGUCCUCCGAGUUAUGGGGGAGGCUGCAAGGACAACCAAUGUUACAAAGAAGAAGAUGACAGCUACAACCCUUACCAAGAGGAAACAGAAGAAAACAACUUCAUUGAACCUGAGGCCCCUCGAGCUCGACCCCGGGCCCCCGCCCCAGCCCCUACACGACCCCCUACAGAGGUCCUGCACAGGAAUGAGGUGGUCAACACACAGCAGAUGUCUCAGCUCGUCACCUGCGACACAAAGUUGAGAGACCAGUGUAAAGGAACCACAUGCAACAGAUAUGAAUGUCCAGCGGGAUGUUUAGAUGCCCCUGGGAAAGUGGUGGGCACAGUGUACUAUGAAAUGCAAUCUAGUGUCUGCAAAGCGGGCCUACACGCUGGAGUCAUAGAUAAUGAUGGAGGAUGGCUUGACGUGAGCAGACAAGGGAGAAAAGACUAUUUCAUCAAAUCAUACAAGAAUGGGGUACAAUCUAUAGGGAAGUACCAGAGUGCCAAUUCAUUCACAGUUUCUAAAGUGACAGUUCAAGCUGUUACAUGUGAAACAACAGUAGCGAUGCUCUGUCCAUAUGAGAAACCUUCAACACACUGCCCAAGAUUAUACUGCCCAAGAAACUGUUUAGAGGAGAACGCCCACAUAUCCAGAGUAAUAGGAACCAGAAUAUACUCUGAUAAAUCCAGUAUUUGUCGAGCUGCAGUUCACGCUGGGGUCAUCAGGAAUGACGCAGGAGGCUACAUUGAUGUGAUGCCGGUGGAUAAGAGGAGACACUACAUAGCUUCAUAUCAAAAUGGAAUUUCUUCAGAAAGUCUACAAAAUCCUCCAGGGGGCAAGGCAUUCCGAGUAUUCGCCGUCAUCUGAGUGAAUUCUACGAGGAGAAGAAAAAAAGGUUCACGUUAAAGCAACAGUCUAGUGGGCUGGUGAAUAGGUUCUAAUGAACGGCGUUGUCAAAACUUCAAAAUGGCUGAAAUGUUUCCUCGCUUUCCCGCACUGCUCGGGUUGAAGGUCAUCGCCGUGACAACACACACCUGACAACCAAAACAUACACUUGGGGUUAUGUCAUCUGUAGCAGGACUCUUUGAACUGUGUAAAUAUACUGUUUCUAUGAAUGGGUUGCUAAUAUUUGUUGUACAUAUUUGUCAAUGGCCCCAGUAUUUGUUUCGGCCUUUUUAUUCAAAUUCUCUAUGUAUGAUAGAAGUCCUGUAAUAAUAAUGGCACUUAGAGAUCCAUAUCAUCUGGCACAUUUUAACUGGUGCUCUUGAAUUUUAGAUUUUACUUUUAAUUGAGUAAAAAUGCUUUAUUUUUUAUAUGCUUUACAUAUGAUUUAUAAAAGAUGCUGCUAUGUGUUUAUAUUUGUAAUCUCAAUAGUGUUUUUACAGUUUAUCUGGUUUAGUGAGCUCCCUGCAGGCCGGGAAGUACAUCCACCAA